CGUCCCUCCACUUGGUUGCUCCCAGCCUGAUCGGCCGCAGCCGCGGCGGCAGCAGCGAUCCCAGCCAUGAUCCCUUCUGUCGCUGAUGAUGACGAGGAUGAAGCUCCGCGUUUCUGAAUGAAUUCACAGCCUGGGCUCCGCUGCUGCACGGCUGCUGGACGGAUGCAUCGCUUCCUGCCUUCCUUCCUUUCCUUCUUCUUCUUCUUCUUCCUUUUGUUGAUCGCACACUCAGAUGCGCGGGAUGCCUGUGAUUAUGGACGUGGUGUGUUUUCUGUGGAUGCUGCCGUCGGUGUGGGCUGUGGAAGAAGUUCUGAUGGAUUCAACGACAGCAACAGCAGAACUCGGCUGGACCACCUUCCCGUCACAAGGGUGGGAAGAAGUGAGUGGCUAUGAUGAACACAUGAAUACCAUUCGGACGUACCAGGUCUGCAAUGUUUUUAACAACAGCCAGAACAACUGGAUCCGGACCCGGUUCAUCCAGCGCCGCGGCGCUCAGCGCAUCCACGUCCAGAUGAAGUUCUCAGUGCGGGACUGCAGCUCCAUUCCCAACAUUCCCGGCUCCUGCAAGGAGACCUUCAACCUUUACUACUACGAGUCGGACUCCGACGUGGCCAGCAAAGCUUUCCCGCCCUGGAUGGAGAACCCCUGGGUGAAGGUGGACACGAUAGCCGCCGACGAAAGCUUCUCCCAGGUGGAGCUGGGAGGACGCAUAAUGAAGAUCAACAGCGAAGUUCGAAGUUUCGGACCCGUUUCUCGUAAGGGAUUCUACUUGGCUUUCCAGGAUUACGGCGCCUGCAUGUCCAUCAUCGCCGUCAAGGUGUACUACAGGAAAUGUCCGCGGGUGAUCCAGAACGGGGCGGUGUUCCCUGAGACCCUGUCCGGAGCGGAGAGCACCUCUCUGGUGGCGGCCAGGGGAAUGUGUGUCCCCAACGGGGAGGAGGUGGACGUUCCCAUCAAGCUUUACUGCAACGGGGACGGGGAGUGGAUGGUUCCCAUCGGCCGCUGCAUGUGUAAGGCCGGACACGAGGCGCUGGAGAACGGCACACUUUGCCAAGCUUGUGUGUCGGGUUUCUUCAAAGCUGCACAGGGAGAUGAGAAAUGCCUGCAGUGUCCCAUAAACAGCCGAACCAUCAGCGACGGAGCAACCAACUGCAUCUGUCGUAACGGCUACUACCGCGCUGACGCCGACCCGCCCCGGAUGCCGUGCACCACUGUUCCUUCAGCGCCACAGCGGGUCAUCUCCAUGGUGAAUGAAACGUCUGUGAAGCUGGAGUGGAGCCCGCCGCUGGAGAGCGGAGGCCGAGAGGACGUCGUCUACAACAUCAUCUGUAAGAGCUGCGACAGCCGGCGGGGCAGCUGCACCCGCUGCGGAGACAACGUCCAGUUUGUCCCGCGGCAGCUCGGCCUGACGGACACCGGCGUCCGCAUCAGCGACCUGCUGGCUCACACCCAGUACACCUUUGAGAUUCAAGCUGUGAACGGAGUGUCUGACCAGAGUCCGUAUUCGCCACAGUACACGUCCGCCAACAUCACCACCAACCAGGCCGCACCAUCUGCAGUGUCCAUCAUCCACCAAGUUAGCAGAACUCCCAACAGCAUCACCCUGUCCUGGUCUCAGCCCGAUCAGCCUAACGGUGUUAUCCUGGACUAUGAACUCCAGUAUUAUGAGAAGAACUUGGCCGAAUAUAACUCCUCUCUGAUAAGGAGUCAGACCAACACAGCAGUGAUACGGGCCUUAAAGCCUGGAACCAUCUACGUCUUCCAGGUCCGAGCUCGAACUGUCGCUGGAUUUGGAAGCUUCAGCGGCAAAAUGUACUUCCAAACCAUUACUAUGGAAGAGUAUAACUCCAGUAUCCAGGAGAAGCUACCUCUCAUCAUCGGUUCGUCUGCAGCAGGAGUCGUCUUUGUCAUCGCCAUGACGGUUGUCAUAAUCGUUUGUCGCAGGAGGAGUUCAGACAGACCAGAAUCAGAGUACUCCGACAAACUCCAACAUUACACCAGCGGCCACAUUUCCCCAGGAGUGAAAAUCUACAUUGAUCCCUUCACAUAUGAAGAUCCCAAUGAAGCUGUAAGAGAGUUUGCCAAAGAGAUCGACAUUUCCUGCGUCAAGAUAGAGCAGGUCAUUGGUGCAGGUGAGUUUGGGGAGGUAUGCAGUGGAAACCUGUGGCAGCCUGGGAAAAGAGAGAUGCUGGUGGCCAUCAAGACGCUGAAGGCGGGCUACACUGAGCGCCAGAGGCGGGACUUCCUGAGUGAGGCAUCCAUCAUGGGCCAGUUUGACCAUCCAAACAUCAUCCAUCUGGAGGGGGUGGUGACCAAGAGCAGCCCAGUCAUGAUCAUCACAGAGUUCAUGGAGAACGGGUCCCUGGACUCCUUUCUUAGGCAAAACGAUGGGCAGUUCACUGUGAUCCAGCUGGUGGGGAUGCUGCGCGGCAUCGCAGCAGGAAUGAAAUACCUUUGUGAGAUGAACUACGUUCAUCGAGACCUGGCUGCCAGGAACAUCCUGGUGAACAGCAACCUGGUGUGUAAAGUGUCCGACUUUGGCCUAUCGCGUUUCCUGGAGGACGACACGUCCGACCCGACAUACACCAGCUCUUUGGGAGGAAAGAUUCCCAUUCGGUGGACGGCUCCUGAGGCCAUUCAGUACAGGAAGUUCACCUCCUCCAGUGACUGCUGGAGCUACGGCAUAGUCAUGUGGGAGGUGAUGUCAUAUGGUGAACGGCCGUACUGGGACAUGAGCAACCAAGAUGUAAUCAAUGCCAUAGAGCAGGACUACAGGCUGCCGGCUCCGAUGGACUGUCCGAGCGCGCUGCAUCAGCUGAUGCUUGACUGCUGGCAGAAAGAUCGCAACAAUCGGCCGAAAUUCAGUCAGACCGUCAGCACACUUGACAAGAUGAUCCGCAACCCCAACACCCUCAAGACCACAACGCCGCUGUCGUCCUGUGUUCACUUACCGCUGCUGGACCGCAGCACCCCGGACUUCACCUCCUUGAGCACGGUGGAUGAGUGGCUGGAGGCCAUCAAGAUGGGCCAGUACAAGGAGAACUUUGCCAACGAAGGCUUCAGCAGCUUCGACGUGGUUUCUCAGAUGACCAUGGAGGACAUCGUUAGGAUAGGCGUGACGCUGGCCGGCCACCAGAAGAAGAUCCUGAACAGCAUCCAGGCUAUGAGGGCGCAGAUGAACCAGAUUACCUCAGUGGAGGUGUGAUUCCAC